CUCUCAAAGGUCGCCGGAAUAUCUUUCUCCGGCGGUUCUGUCUAUUGUGUCAUUUUCUUAGCUUUUAUACAAUAACAUAUGAUGAAGAUAGGUUGACCUUCAUUUUCUUUUCUCUUCUGUUUGGUUACUGAGAAAACAAGAGAAAUCAGAGAGAAAGCUUUAAUCUUUUUUCAAUAUCCUUCAAAAGAAUCAAAACCCCAUCUGGGUUUUGUUGUUCACCUUAUUCUGUCAUCCGGGUGUUUGUUAAAAUUCCUAAAAAAAUAAAAGCUUUCCGCUUGAAAUACCACAAUGAUCAGUGCUAAAGACCUCUACAAUGUCAUGACUGCCGUUGUGCCACUCUAUGUGGCGAUGUUUUUGGCCUACGGCUCAGUGAAAUGGUGGAAAAUCUUCAGCCCGGAUCAGUGCUCCGGCAUCAACCGAUUUGUGGCCCUGUUUGCAGUUCCUCUGCUCUCUUUCCACUUCAUUUCCACCAACAACCCGUAUGCCAUGAACUACAGGUUCAUAGCUGCAGAUACUCUCCAGAAAAUCAUAGUCUUGGCGGUUUUAGCCAUCUGGUCUAGAGCCAGCUCAAGAGGCUCCCUCGAAUGGUCCAUCACUCUGUUUUCACUUUCUACUCUCCCAAACACUCUGGUCAUGGGGAUUCCUCUGUUGAAGGGAAUGUAUGGGGAAGCCUCAGGGACCUUAAUGGUCCAAAUAGUUGUGCUUCAGUGUAUAAUCUGGUACACAUUGAUGCUCUUUCUGUUCGAAUACAGAGGAGCCAGACUCUUGAUAGCCGAGCAAUUUCCGGACAAUGCUGGCUCUAUCAUCUCCUUCAGGGUUGACUCCGACGUUCUUUCACUAGACGGAAAGGAGCCGUUGCAGACCGAAGCUGAGGUCGGUGAGGAUGGGAAACUCCAUGUCACCGUGAGGAAGUCAACGAGUUCUCGGUCGGAAAUUUUCUCUCGCCGGUCACAUGGUCCGCACUCCGGUGUUUCUUUAACUCCCAGACCGUCUAACUUGACCAAUGCAGAGAUUUACUCUCUUCAGUCAUCCAGAAACCCAACCCCUAGAGGGUCCAGCUUCAACCACAAUGAUUUCUACUCAAUGGUGAAUGGAAAAAACGCCAGCAAUGUUAGUCCACGGCAGUCCAACUUUGGGACUCUGGGUUUUGAUGAAGAGAAUGGACUUGCCGUGUUUGGAAACCCAGUGAGAGCCAAUGGAAAUGCUUAUCCAGCUCCUACCAGUGCGGGGAUCUUCUCUCCGGUGACCGGACCAGGUGGGAAGAAGAAAGCAAAUGGGGCUGAAAAUGGCAAGGAUUUGCACAUGUUCGUCUGGAGUUCCAGUGCUUCUCCUGUAUCAGAAGGUGGGCUUCAUGUUUUCAGGGGAGGGGAGUAUGCCAACGAUCUUGGUGGGGUAGCUCACCCUAAAGAUUAUGAUGAGUAUGGUAGGGAUGAGUUCAGUUUCGAUAACAGACAGACAGCUAAUGGAGUUGCUGGAGAAGGGCCAGUGCUGUCCAAGCUGGGUUCUAGCUCCACAACGGAGCUUCGACCCAAGGCUAAUGCCCAUGUUGAGUCUAAGCCAACUUCUAUGCCUCCAGCUAGUGUUAUGACCCGGUUCAUCCUCAUAAUGGUGUGGCGAAAACUGAUCAGGAAUCCCAACACCUAUUCCAGCCUGAUUGGCCUCACUUGGUCUCUAGUUUCAUUCAAGUGGAAAAUUGAAAUGCCUGCGAUAAUUGCUGGUUCCAUAGCCAUUCUCUCCAACGCAGGUCUUGGAAUGGCCAUGUUUAGUCUUGGUUUGUUUAUGGCACUUCAACCAAAACUCAUUGCAUGUGGAAACACGAUUGCUACCUUUUCCAUGGCUGUUAGGUUCCUCACUGGUCCUGCAGUCAUGGCUGCUGCCUCAAUUGCUGUUGGGCUGAAAGGGGUUCUCUUGCAUAUUGCCAUUGUGCAGGCUGCUCUUCCACAGGGGAUCGUCCCCUUUGUCUUUGCCAAGGAAUACAAUGUUCAUCCAGACAUACUCAGCACAGGGGUGAUAUUUGGCAUGCUAAUUGCCCUUCCCAUCACACUGGUUUAUUACAUCUUGCUGGGGCUAAAAGGCUAAGAAAAGAAGACUAGGCGACCAUUUUGAAUGGUUGUUUUUCUUAUUUUGGUUGGAGGGGUUCUCUAACUAAAGCAUCAUAUAAAUGUAGGAACUCAGGAGAAGGUGGAGAAGAUUAACACAAAUUCUCUUCUCAGAAAAGGAGAAAUUGACAAAAUUGGGGAGUAAGAAUUUUUGUAAUGGCUUCUUGUGCUUUUGUUCUUUUGCUGAAAAAAGUGAAUUUGUCUUGUCUGUAGUUAAUUUCUCAAUCAAAGAUGCCCCUUUUU